CUGUUUUUUCACCAUUUGAUUUGCUUCUCUCUACUUUUGUUACCUUGUUUUUUGUUCAUAUUUAUUUCUAAAAUCUCCAAAAAAGCAAAAAAGAAAAAAAAGGGGGAGGGUGGAAUCGAAGAUGGCCGAGGCCUUUUGUGUUCCUUUUGUUCAAAAUGCUCUUGGAACUGUUGUUGGGAACCGGAUCGAUCGGAUUUUGCAGCGAAAUCCGAUCAUUCUUGUCUUCAAGAUGAAGUCGAAUGUUGAUAAUCUGAAGGAACAAGUUGCUAAGCUCAAGGAAGAAAUAGGCCACGUGGCGCAAGAGACUCAAGCUGCUGAAGGAAGAGUGGAAGGUCCUGUAAAGAAGCUCGAGACUUGGCUGGAUGAAGCACGCAAGUUCAUUGAAGCGGCAAACACAAUAGAGGAUGAUGAAGAAAAAGCAAAGAAGAAGUGUUUCUUUGGGAUGUGUCUUAAUCCCCUGUCUCGUUACAAACUCAGCAAGAGGGCGGAAGAGGAUUCCCAGAAGAUUGCUAAGCAUGUGCAAAAAGUUCCUGGAUUCAAUCUUCGAACUUCCUACCCUGUUAUUCCACAGCGGGUAGUGGCUGCACCUGUCAAGGAUUUUCAGGAGUUUGAGUCAAGAACGGGUGAAUUGGAUGAGAUCAUGAAGGCAUUACAGAGUCCAAACAUCAACAUAAUAGGACUGCAUGGGAUGCCAGGUGUAGGGAAGACGAUGCUGCUCAAAGAAGUUAAAAGAAAAGCUGAGCAAGAGAAGUUGUUUAAUGCAGUAGUUAUGGUUUCUGUAGCAAAGAAGAAUCCAGACUACAGAAUAAUUCAAGAUGGCUUAGCAUUUGGCUUGGGUGUAGAGCUUUCUUUUGGGAUUGGAGAUCCGAGUGUUGCCGAUCCGCGUGUUGCCGAUCGGCUUAGAGCAAAAAUUUUGAAAGAGAGGAAGGUUCUCGUGAUUUUGGAUGAUAUUUGGGACAAACUAGAUUUGAAGGCACUUGGUAUUCCCUUCGAAGACCAGCAGAAAAUCAAUGUUGAAACUGGUUCAUCAUCCACAAAAGAUCAACAAAUGGAAUGCAAGAUCUUAUUGUCAUCUAGAGAUCUUAAUGUCCUGUCAAUUGAAAUGGGCACUCAAAAGGAGAUUGUAAUUAACCAAUUGGGAGAUCAAGAAGCGUGGCAAAUGUUCAAGAAGAUAGUUGGUGAUAGGGCUGAAAGUAGCGAGUUGCAGCCUACAGGCUUUGGGAUUGCCACAGAAUGUAAGGGAUUACCCCUUGCUAUUGCAACACUUGCAAAAGCUUUGAAAAAUAAGACUUUGCCUGAAUGGAAGAGUGCUCUACAAAGGAUGAAAAGUCCCUCUCCAAGCAACUUCGAGGGGAUACAUGCAAAAGUUUAUACUGCUAUCGAGGUGAGUUACAAUCACUUGGGAAGUGAGGAGCUCAAGCGAACUUUCUUACUUUCUAGUUUGCUGGGUCACAACAGUUUUAUUCAAGACUUGUUGAAGUAUGGUGUAGGACUAGGCUGGUUCUCACAAGCUAGUACAAUAGAGGGAGCUCGGAAUGAUUUAUUAACAUUGAUAAGUGAUCUGAAAGCUUCUUCUUUGUUGCUUGAUGGUUCUGACGGAGGGCGCGUUGUUGUUCAUGACGUUAUUCGUGCUGUAGCUUUAUCAAUAGCCGACAGGGAUUGUCAUGCAUUGCUCUUAGCAGGUGAUCGUUUACUAAAUGAGUGUUCAGAUGAGAAAGCACUUAAUGAUCUCAAAUGGAUACGUCUGGAAUAUCCUAAUAUGAAUGAGCUUCCUGAUGUGUUAGAGAGUCCUCAGCUUACUUUGUUUUAUUUGUAUAACAAGUAUCCUUCUCUGGAAAUUCCAGCAAACUUCUUCAAUGGAACGCAAAGACUCAGGGUAUUGGACUUGACUCGUAUGCAAAUUUCAUCCCUACCUUCAUCAAUUUCCCUCCUAAGGAACCUCCGCACAUUAUGCUUGGAUGGAGGCGUAUUAGGAGACAUAAGCAUUAUUGGAGAGCUGAAGAAUUUAGAAGUUCUAAGCCUUUUGAGGUCUGAUAUUAAAAUGCUACCAAGGGAAAUUGGACAGUUGACUCGGUUAAAGUUGUUAGAUUUGAGUGGCUGCAGUAAACUUAAAGUUAUCCAGCCGCGUGUCUUGGCGAGUAUGUCCAGAUUAGAAGAACUGUACCUGGAAAACAGCUUCAACAGAUGGGAGCAUGAUGAGCAUGAAAGUCAACGAAAUGCUAGCCUUGCUGAGUUGAAGCAAUUGAAGAAAUUGACUGCUUUGGAGAUACGUAUUCCUGAUGUUAAGAUGAUCCCAGAAGACUUGUCUUUUGAAAAGCUUGAAAGAUACAAGAUACUCAUUGGAGAUGCUUGGAACAAAUGGGAUAGUUCUGCUGAAAGCUCAAGAAUAUUGAAGCUGCGGCUGAGGGCAUCCAUAAGUUCUGAUUCUUCACUUAAACAGUUGCUGAAGAUGUCUGAAGAGCUACAUCUAGAGGAGUUGAAGGGUGUCAAACACAUACUCUAUGGGUUAGCUAGUGAAGGUUUUCAAAAACUGAAGUAUCUUCAUAUUCGCAAUGCUUCAGAUAUUCAAGGCAUCAUCAUGGACUCAGCGGGGCUUUGCAAUGCAUUUCCAACUUUGUUAAAAGUAAUAAAUGUUGAAUGUUGUAAUCAGCUGAAGAUGUUGUUCUCAUUCUCAACAGCUAGACAGCUUUUCCAACUCCAAGAAAUUGGAGUAACAGAUUGUAGAAACAUGGUAAAUAUUGUUGAUGAAGAAGGGAAAGAGGAUUUUGGGGAUAUUGUUGAAGCAACUGAUCAAAUGGUUAAGCUUGCCCAUUUGCUGUCCUUGAGACUACAAAAUCUACCGAAGUUCAUUAGCUUCUGCCAUGAAUAUGAUACAAGCUCGAGUCAUGUUCCACUUUUCAGUGAGAAGUUUGUGUUUCCAUGCUUGAAGAAGUUGCAACUAUCAUGGAUUAAAAUUACAACCAUAUGGCAUACUUCAGCUACAUCUUACUGCACUCAAAACCUUACAGAACUUAUUAUUGAGGGUUGUGAUAAUUUAGAACACUUAUUCUUAUCCUCUAUGGCUAGAGGUCUGGUGAAGCUUAGACACCUCAAAAUAAAUCAAUGCAAGAAUAUGAGGGAGAUUAUUGUGACGGAGAAUGUGGAAGAAAAGGAGAUUUCUUUCCCCGAGUUGGACUUCUUGCACAUAGAAAACCUUCAAAACCUUGUUGGAAUCUACUCGGGAAAUUGCCUCAUGGCAUUCCCAUCCUUGAAGCAAUUGACCAUAAAAAAAUGUCCAAAAUUGAAGGAGUUCACGGUUAAAUCUAUGAGUACAGAAAUAGCCACUGACAUAAAGCCUCUUUUCAAUGAACAGAUUAAGUUUACAAGGUUGGAGUUCUUAAGUAUGUCUCUUAACAUUCAACAAAUUUGGCACAACCGGGCUCCAGAAAUGCCUUCUUUUGUUCAAAAACUAAAAGAAUUGACUGUGGAUGGCUGUGAUAAUUUGAGAUAUCUAUUGACAUGCUCUACAGUUAAAAGUUUUGAGCAUCUUGAAUUACUGACAAUUCGAAACUGCAAGAUGAUGGAAGGGGUAAUAGUGGCAGAAGGAUUAGCAGAAGAAGAAAGGAGGAGCAAGAUGUUGUUCCCUAAUUUGCAAGCCCUGGUACUUGAAGGCCUUUCCAAACUCACAAGAUUCUGUCCUGAAAAUUGCAUUGAAUUCCCCAACCUUACACGACUUAAAAUAGGUGGAUGCCCUGUGUUGAAGACAUUCACCUCUAGUCCUGUUAUUGGAGACAUUGCUGUCAGUAGUGACAAAGCAGAAAACACCUAUGCGCCACCUUUCUUCAAUGAAAAGGUAGCAUUCCCUCAAAUAGAGGGCCUAAUUAUCUAUUGGAUGGAGAGUUUGAACAAAAUAUGGGCUGAUCAACUUGAUGGAGAUUCCUUUUGCAAACUAAAAGGCAUUAUUAUAGGUCCGUGUGAAAUGCUAGUGAGCAUUUUCCCAUUUAGUAUGCUGGAAAGACUUCAGAGACUAGACGAUCUGCGUAUUCUCGAUUGUGAUUCACUAGAAGAAAUAGUUGAAGCACCCAGUGCUAGCCAUUCACAAGCUCUGGUAGACACUCAGCCGACGUUGGUGGAAACUGACACCGAGUUCGUAUUUUCGAAAUUGACACAACUGAGGCUUGUCAGGCUACCGAAGCUCAAGGGUUUCUGCCAUCGAAUGCAUAUUAAAUGCCCAUCUCUGAAAUUAUUGGAAGUUUCUGAAUGCAAGCAAGUGCAGAUAUUUGCUUCGGAAUUUCCAAACUUCCAAAGAAUCAAUGGAGAUGAUCAACUUGAAAUUCAAAUUCAAUGUCCUUCUUUCUCGGUCAGCAAGGUACGGUCUGUAAAAACACUGCAUGUUGGGAUGCAUUAUUAGAUUUCAAGUUCCAGUAAAGCUUUCUCUUGAAGUCUACCUUUUUCGGUCAUUAGACGUUGCACUGGUUUUAAAAUGCAUUAAUAGAUUAAAAUAAUUCUG